AUGUCCUCCUCUACAGGCCCGAAACUGGUCGUCGUCAUCGGCGCGACCGGUAAUCAAGGCGGGUCAGUCGCCCGGCGGUUCCUCCGAGAAGGCGCCGACCGAUUCCGCGUCCGGGGCCUGACUCGGGACCCCGGCACUGGGCCCGCCAGAGAGCUGGCUGCCCUGGGCGCGGAGAUGGUUCGUGCCGAUCUUAACGACGCAAGCUCCCUCGCAGCAGUUUUGAAGGGCGCGAAUAUCAUCUUCAGCGUUACCAACUACUGGGAACCGUUCUUCCCUCCCAAUAUCGAGGCGAGCCGGGCUCAGGUCAAUGCGCUGGGCCUAAAAGGCGUGAGGGAGUACGCCGGCCGUGUGGAGUUGACGCAGGGGAGGAACAUUGCUGACGCUGCUGCUGCGACGGUGGACUCACUGGAUGCGAAUGGUUUCAUCGCUUCGACACUCAGCCAUGCAGGCCGGUGCAGUGGAGGCCUAUUCAAAGAUUUGUAUCACUUCGAUGCGAAAGCAGAGGUGUUCCCGUACUAUGUGAGAGAGAAGCACCCAACACUGGCGGCCAAAAUGAGCUGUAUUCAGACGGGAUUCUUCAUGACGAGCCAUAGGAUCUUGCCCGACUCUUAUCUUGCCAAGGUCCAAGAUGGCAGCUUCGAGAUGCGCUUCUGCACUGACCCAGACAAGCUUGUGCCUCAUCUAGACCCAGUAGCUGACGUGGGAAACUUCGUCUAUGCCGUCUACCAGAUGUCAUCGUGGGUUGGGAAGGAGUACAUGGCCGAGGGUGCAACAUGUACAUGGCCUGACUGGAUAAAUGCCUGGAGUAAAGCGACUGGCAAGGCGGCUACUUACCGUCAAGUAACAAGAGAAGCCAUGAUCAAAGCUUGUGGUGACAAGGAUUUCGGAGCAGAGAUUGCCGACAUGUACGACUACACAUCGAAUCCAGGAUACGACGGAGGGAAAACAUUACUGAGGGCAAAGGAUCUACAGAAGGCUGGUGUCGAUUGCCCCAUGACGAGCUUGCAGGACUGGAUGAUGAAACAAGACUGGUCAAGCGUCCUGGCUAAGGCGCCUGUCGAUCCGUAA